AUGAGCAGCAACCUAAGCCGUGCGCCAUGUCUCCUCCGCUCUCGACUCUACACCACCAUCCGCCUCGCGUAUCGUGGCAGACUCACAGUCCCCCAGGUCAGUCGCGCGUUGCCAACAUCCCGCCCAUUUUCGACAUCGCCGCCCAAGGCACUAAAGGUCACCUCGCCUUCGCUGAAUUGGCACGAACCAUCGCCCGAGCGCAUCAUCCAGCAGCAAAUCGCCGCCGGCAAGGUCAACAAAUGGGGCUGGGUCGUAUAUCGGACAGCGUACCAGCCCGAGCUGGACGCGGCCUGGGCGACGCUGCAGCGAGUGGUGCUCGAGGACCUGUGCGAGACUGUCGCUGAGUCUGACGCGCCCGAGAUCGCGGAGCAGAUGGAAUGGCUCUUUGUGGAGGAUCCGGAGCUCGACGGCGCGUCGUUGGAUGAGCUGAAGCGCAGGUUCCGGGCCUGGGCGCGCGCUGACGCUCCGUACGACCUUCUCGAGACUGAGAUCAACCGCCCCGGGCGCUAUGACCUCUUCGUCCAGGCUGACGAGGAAGCGCUGCGCUGCUUUGUGCCCGAUCCCGGUAGUUACAAUGCCGCCUUUAAUAGUUGCGCCCAUGUCAAUCUCGUCAGGGCUUGGGCCGACCCGCUUCCAGAAGAGGAGGCCACGGACGAGGAUGGGGAGCCUUAUGAUAGCGAGGAUUGGAUGAAGAUUCAUCUGGGUGUGGUUUCGCCUCAUUACUAUGUCUAUCUGGGUGGCGACGAUAGUUGGUACGCCUACUACAGGGCGCCGCCGGAUGGCUUGUGUAUACCGUGA